AUGGGUGGAAAAGAACCAAAGACAAUAAUAACAGACCAGGACAAAGCAAUGAAGAAAGCAAUACAAACAGUUCUAAAGUCUACAACCCACGAGAACUGCUACUACCACAUCGUGACCAAGAUGAGUCGAAAGAGAGCACCUUCUUUGCAAAAAACUCAGGAUUUGUCGGAAAUGCUAAUGUACAUUGCGAAGAACGCAUUCACACCAGAUGAGUUCGAAAUGGGAUGGAAUAAAGUGAUAAAGGAUUACAAUGCUGGCGGAGAAGAACACCUAAGCAAGUUAUUCAGGAUAAGAUACAGGUGGGUACCAGCGUACUUCAUGGAUAAAUUUUACCCAUUCUCAUCAAGCACAGGAAGGAGCGAGAGCACAAAUAACAUGUGGAAAUGCUAUAGCCAGCACACAGACACAAUAACAAUGUUCCUUGAGCAAUAUGAGGUCAUACAAGACAAGUGCUUAUCUGCCCUGGACAAGAAGAAGCUCACAUCAACACUGAAAAUAGCAAAACUAGUAACAAGACAUCCGUUUGAGAAGCAAGCUCUUGAACAAUUCACGCAUGAAAUAUUCGAGAAGUUCCAGACUGAGAUCACAAACAACACGGCAUUCAAGGUAGAUGGAUCACUUGAACCUGGUCGCCACCUGCGUCUGAAAAGAAUAGUGAAAUUCUACAACCACAUGGAAUUCAAAAGGGAGUUGUUUGACGUCACAUUUGACGAUGAAAAAAAGAACUUCAUGUGUUCCUGCAAAAAGAUGCGAGAGGGAUGGUAUACAUUGCUGCCAUGUAAUAAAAGCAAUGGUUCACAUGGAGAUCAAUGA